CACGCUGCUAAAUUUCGAAGAGCAAGCAGUGAAUUUUCGUUUGGUAAACACAGCUUUUUGCUUCCUAUUUUGACUGCUUAAUGGCUGUAUAAAUAAGCUACAACAUGCCUGGCAUUACAAGUAAACUACCAGAGGGAUGGGAGCGUUCAGAAACGUCGAGCGGUAUCCCUUACUACAUAAACCAUGAGACAGAAUGCACUCAUUGGGAUCAUCCAGAAAUGGUGAAACUCAACCAGGAUAUAGCUGCACUGAACAACAUCAAAUAUGCAGCAUAUCGUACAGCAAUGAAAUUGAGAGCCAUACAAAAGAAGACACAGAUGUAUCUGUUAGAGCUUCCAGUUAUAAUAUCAUCUUUACAAGCUGAAGACAUUAGAGAUGGCUAUACAGAAAAUCCUCUCACRGCUGCAGAUGUACAGGAAAUUAUUUCUACAAUUUUUAUCAGUCAAAAUGGUGACAGACAGGACUUYAUCAACAUCCCCUUGGCUAGUGAUCUCACUUUUAACUGGAUACUCAAUGUCUUUGAUCCGGGACGAACAGGAUUUGUACAAACUAUUUCUCUUAAGGUUGGACUCUCCUUUAUGUGUGCAGCAAACUUGCAGGACAAGUAUAAAUAUAUUUUUAGGCAAUUGUGUAACAGCAAUGGUGUCAUGGAUAGGAAAUGUCUGAAGCUUUUUCUGCAAGAAGCUUUGCAGAUUCCAAAAAAUAUUUCUGAAAAUGCAGUUUUCUGUGGGACCAGUGUAGAACCUGCUGUUAGAAACUGCUUUGAAAGGAAUGCAGGAGCAAUGAACCAAAUAAACCUGGAUGAAUUCCUUKACUGGAUGAUUGCCGAGCCACAGACUAUAGUAUGGCUACCCACCCUACACAGACUAGCUGUCUCUGAGUCUGUAAAGCACGAGGCCAAGUGUAACAUUUGCAAGUUGUAUCCUAUUGUAGGAUUCAGAUUUAAUUCUAGUACUUGCAAAGAAUGCUUUUGGUCAGGGCGUGUCAAUAAAGGGCACAAAGUAGGCCACCCUACUCAGGAAUACUGUCUGGCACCUUCACAGAAAGAGGACAUCAAAGAUUUUGCCAAGGUUAUGAAAAAUAAAGUCAGCAAGAAGAAGAAGAGCCCUAAGGAUCCUGCAAAAGGAAGAUACAUUUCUAUCGCCAAUGAGGAUGCCCCACCUUCUAAUGAGGAACUUGCUAGUUACGACGAAAUCGAUGACAAGCCAAGAUACUCAACACCAAUACACAGACCAGAUUUGGACGAACAUCGAGGGCCAAUACAUCACCAUUACCCAUCUAGUCGAUCUGAAGAACCUUUUCMAACGGAAACUACUCUACAGCUUCGUAGCCCAACCGAAGUUGGACAUGUCCUAGAUCCAAGUCAGCAAGACGAACUAGAAGGUCUAAUAUCUAACCUAGAGAAUGACAACAGAGCUCUUCGCGACGAGAUCGACCGCAUUCACCAACUGCAGCUCCAGAACCUCAGUCUUAGCACGUUGGAUAACUCAGACGAAGCAGAUCUGCUGCGUCAGCGGAAAGAGCGGCUCUUGGCUCGCGAAGAAGUGCUCGAGUCACACAAUCAACAGCUAGAAAUCCAACUCAAUCGACUGAGAUCUUUAUUACAUCAGGGCGGAAGUGGUGUUGCCGCGCAAAAGCCAAGAUCUUCACAACGCACAGACAGCGUUCUUUCRGCAACUAUUCCUUACCAACCAACGCCACUACCAAGAGCAGUAUCCCCUCAAACUCGAGGCUUCAGUACCGAGCAGAACAGAGAACACGCACCAGGACUUUAUAAUCCUACSCAAAUACCAAGGGUUUCAUCCUYACAAGCACGUUCACAACCGACCAUGACGUAUCCCCCCGGAACUGAUAGAAAUGGUACUGAAAUCAGGGGGGUGUCUGCGAACCAAACCAGCCCAAAUCAGGAAGACUACUCUUCGCGUUUCCAGCCAACUGGGUCUCUUCCCGGGUUGCGGACAGCUGAUAAUGAAUUCAGGGGGGUGUCACCCCAAAUAGGACAACAAUACCUACCAGCGGUUGGUGCAUCUCCGUACUUWUCGACYCCYGCAGUAAAUGGWCAGGUGACUUCRAACAUGAGUUUUAACGCWCCUUCUUCGUCUGUGCCACCAUUACAGCGGUUUUCGCCGUCUCAUCCUGGAUUUGGAAGCCCCACGAGGAUCGAUUCGUCACGCCAGGAGGCUGAACUACAGAACAUCGUGGAUUGCAUGACGAGUUCUUUUCCUCUCGAUGCGGAAUCAGAUAUUUCCAUGGAAAUCCACAGCGACUUAUUUCUAGCUGCUGCCAUGGUGGGAGAAGCAAUGCAGUCGUUAGUAUCAGCGGUCUCCCGGCAGAGAGGCCAUGAUUAUUCCGAUGCGUCGCUCUCCUAUAAUAACUACACAACAGACAAUCAGCAUGCAACCAAUAGUAGUAUACCGAUGGUUAGGAAUGAAGGGCACUCGUUUGAUAGUYCUUCAGGAUAUGUGGAGGAAUAUGGUCCUUUGUAAGUAAAAUGCCAUCCAAGGAUUCAGACUGGUGCGAUAAUUAUGUGACAAAUAAUAUAUUUUCAUGGUUUGUUCGUAUGGUGACUACCUGUACUACUGUUGACAGGAAAAAAUCGUAAGACAAAGGAACCAUCUAUUCCAGGCAUUACCAUGUUCAAGGUCACUGCUCGUUCCUAGCAGGCAAUAACAUGCAUAUUGACAGGUUCUCAUGCAUGUUAAUAACGAUCAAACACCCAUCAAACGAUCAUGAGACGAAGGACCAUCCACUACAGACAUGACCAUGGCAGGGUGGAAAGUCAUUGCUCGUUCCUAGCAGGCAAUAACAUGCAUAUUGACAGGUUCUCAAACAUGAGGGAACCACGAUCAAACACCCAUCAAACAAUCAUGAGAGACAAAGGACCAUCCACUACAGACAUGACAAUGACAGGGUGGAAAGUCAUUGCUUGGUCCAUGCAGGCAAUAACAUGCAUAUUGACAGGUUCUCAAGCAUGUUAAUUACGGACCAAACACCCAUCAAACGAUCAUGAAAGAAUCUACAACUUGUACAACACCAUGCUUUGUUAUGAAAUUCCACAGACUUCAAAGUCAACCAAUUAUGUCCCAUAUUAGUCUUUAAAUGAAAGACAUAAAUUGCUACUUAAAAGUCCAGUGUAAAAAUUAUUUCUAAAAGAAAAAACCCUGUUUUUAGACUUGUCAUCUUUUAAUAUCUUUAUUACUCUAUGAAGUUCAUCUCAUGCAUUCAUUUUGCAGUCUAUAUAUUACAGUACAGACCUCCCUCAGUUAAGGUUUAAGGUUUGUCUAAAGACCUUGUUUAAGUCCAUGAAAAAUUCCCCAAAUACUUACAAUAUUGACAUAUUUCUGAAAACCUAAAUGCACACUUAAACUGUACAUAAAACUGAGAACUCUGUUUCUACAAGCUCUGCCUAAAUUGAGUACAAUAAAUUUGUAUUUUUUACAUAACUUCUUAAGUCUAACUCCCCUUCGAAGGGUUGUUUAGGGGAUGCCAUUUGCCAUUUUUGCUACACAGGUUUUCAAUUAGUUUUUGAAUCAAACUUCUUUGUUUUUCAGUCUGUUUUUCAAGAGAGUUUGCUAAGCUUUCCCCCAUGUUGAAAAGAAAAUUUCAUCCCCUCAAUCCCUUGCAAAGAGCAAUAUUCCCAAUUUUAUUCUCAUUUUUUGAGGUAAAAAGAGGUAGAAGAGGUAAAAAGACCAACAUGCAUCAUCAAUUUUGUUAUCUAAAAAAACUGAUCAUAGUUUUAAAACUUAACAAACUGCAUUAUUUAGGAAACUUUUUCUGGUUAGUUCAUAAAACUGAGCAUACCCUUGAGUCUUACUGUGCCGAUACUCCAACCAGGACUACUUUGGUAAACUACUGUAGUCUCAUUAGCCAAUCAUAUUGUGACAUUUAUUUUAAUAUUUUUAACCAGCCAAUCAGAUAGCACAUUGAUAUAAUGAGAGCGUGAGAAUGUGAUAAUCUGAUUGGCUAACACUGUUAUCGGUUAAAUCUCUGUCUAAAUUACUGUUAGCUGAUUGGUCAGUUUUAUUCAAGUAGUCCCGGUUAGUGUGUCUGCACAGUAAGUCCAUUUUCAUCAAACCCAAAGGAAUAAAAAGUUUAUAUAAAAAGGAGAAGAAAGGAAUAAAGAAUCUGCAUUUCAAAAAUAA